CAUGCUCAAGACCCAGGCACCCAGAGGUCAUGAGGCUGGGACUCGUCUGUGCUCUGCUUUCUCUCCUGACAGAGCACGGCGGGGCAGAUACCCGAGCAAUCGGGGCUGAGGAAUGCCGCCCCAACUCGCAGCCCUGGCAGGCCGGGCUCUUCUUCCUCACCCGCCUCUUCUGUGGGGCUUCCCUCAUCAGUGACCGCUGGCUGCUCACAGCUGCCCACUGCCGCAAGCGGUAUCUGUGGGUCCGCCUUGGGGAGCACCACCUCUGGAGAUGGGAGGGUCCAGAGCAACUGUUCCGGGUCACAGACUUCUUCCCCCACCCUGGGUUCAACAAGGACCUCAGAGCCCAUGACCAUAAUGAUGACAUCAUGCUGAUCCGUCUGCCCAGGAAGGCACAUCUGGGCCCUGCUGUGCAGCCCCUCAACCUCAGCCAGACCUGCGUCUCCCCAGGCACCCAGUGCCUCAUCUCAGGCUGGGGAGCCGUGUCCAGUCCUAAGGGUACAUACCCACUCACGCUACAGUGUGCUAACAUCAGCAUCCUGGAGCACAAACUCUGCCAUCGGGCAUAUCCGGGCCACAUCUCUGACAGUAUGCUCUGUGCCGGCCUUUGGGAGGGGGGCCGGGGUUCCUGCCAGGGUGACUCUGGAGGCCCUUUGGUUUGCGAAGGGACCCUGGCAGGUGUGGUGUCUGGGGGUGCCGAGCCCUGCUCCAGACCCCGUGGCCCCGCGGUGUACACCAGCGUAUGCCACUACGUGGACUGGAUCCGAAAGACCAUGGAGGACAACUGAGCUCUCGCGCCUCAGGACCAAGAGAGAAGGGUGGGCGCAGGGGAGCCGGGAAUUGCCGGACUCUGGCCUCGGCAGCGCGGAGACGCACUUUGCAUAUUCAGGCUCCGCCCCCUGUUGGCCGACAGCGUCGAAAAGGACAGGGAGACACCUCCGCCCUGUAGCCCCGCCUUCUAUGAUGUCACCGAGAGCUGGCACCGCCCCCAUGGAACAGCUUCGCCUAGGGCUCCGCUGGGGAAGCUCCUCCACCAGAUAGCUCCUCCCCUCGGAGCUUUGCCCAAUGAGGCUUCCCCCUCUGGACCCCACCCCUUGUAACCCCGCCUCCUCCGUGAGAGA